CUUAUGUCAUUAUCACGAUCAUUAUUAAUUUGUUUGUCAAAAUGGAUUGUCAUGAUGAGAAGAUAAGAAAUGAUAUAUCGCCAGCGUCUACAACCUAUCAACAUGAUUACAAAAAAUACUGCGGUUACAAAAAAGUCAGCUACAAUUACGAAAGACAACGAGUAGAACCCCCUCAACCCCUCCCUAAAGCUCAUGUAAUAGAAGAUCACGAAACCUUUGCUAAAUGGCAAAAGGAUGUCCAUAUCCCUUUCGAUCUCUUGCUGCAACCCAAGCCCAUACUGCAGACAGACCCACGAAACCACUUCGAAGUACUCGAACCUCUACCGACUCGAGGAAGAGAUGAAGCCAUUAAAACCAGACCCAGAGUCUACAUGACGCCAGCAGUCAGUAUUGACGAUGUGCCAGAUCCAAACAUGAGGAAACUCCUAUGCGAUUUCACCUACACCACGGAAUGGCGAAAAGCAGAAAAAGAAGGAACAGUUCGUUUCCAAAAACACAUUCCGGAAAUCGGCAAAAUCGAAACUUCAGACACCGUUUCGCUGAAGACGGAUAUCCAUAAACCCCUAGGCAAGAAAUUCAAGUCUAUGGGUAAAUCGUGGGAGGAUCAACAGCUCAGAGGUGAUUCGGACCCCACUAGAGAAUUCUGGAUACAUAAAGAUCCUCCAGUGGUGUGCGGAGCAUGCGUCGAUCCUUUGAAAUACAUCGUUCCGGAAGAAACUAAGGGGGAUAUCAAGUCACUGUUGAACAAGGAUACACUGAGGUCGCCACAUGAUAAAUGCACUCCGAAUUAUACAGGGUACAGACCAAUGCUACCCAUGGGUAUACCACUGAAGAAAAGCGAGCAAACUGCGGUUGAUCCAUUUAUUUCUACAUCCCAAGCGAUUGCCUCACGCUAUGUCGAUUGAAUAAUAAAUUAUGGGGAACUA